AUGAUGGCUCACCGUUAUGGCCCCAUCUUCAGUCUCAGGCUCGGAAGCAAGCUUCAUAUUGUGGUGAACUCCAUGGACCUAGUAAAGGUCGUGACUCGUGACCUGGACCAGACCAUGGCGAACCGCAGUCCUCCAUUAGCAGCGCUAACCAUGAGUUAUGGUGGGAACGAUAUUGCAUGGUCCAACAGCGACACACACUGGCGUAACAUGCGCAAGAUUUUAGCAAUUCAACUUAUCAGCGAUAAAAAUCUAAAAGCUUGUCAGACUUUCCGAACAUACGAAGUCAGAAGGCUGGUGAAAGAAGUUUACAGUAAGCUCGGGACAAGGAUCGAUAUUAAUGAAAUUGCUUUCAAGACUGAGGUUAACGUUGUGACAAGCAUGUUAUGGGGUUGUAGCAAAUUAUCUGGUGAUGGGAACGAUUCUAGCUCUAUUGGAGAUGGCUUCCGAGAAGUUGAGUUCAAGAUUGUGGAGUUAAUGACAGCUCCAAACAUCUCUGAUUUUCUACCUCUGCUAUCACCGUUCGAUCUACAAGGAAGGCAGCGAGAAAUGCAGAGACAACUGGAAUAUGUUGAUCGUAUAUUCGAGAACAUUAUCCAAGGAAGAAUCGAAGCCAACUCCAGCAAAAAUGAGGGAGAGGCUGAGGAAGAUCGAAGGAAAGAUUUCGUGCAGGUAUUAUUGGAGCUUAAGGAACAGAAAGAUGCUUCAAUUUCAUUGGACAUCAUUAAAAUAAAGGCCCUACUAAUGGACAUCGUGCUUGCGGCUACAGACACAACAUCGACAAUGGUAGAAUGGGUGAUGUCAGAGAUUUUGAAUAAUCCAGGUUUAAUGAGAAAGGUCCAGGAUGAAUUAACGGAGGUCACUGGCAUGAACGUUAUCCAAGAAUCUCAUCUGCCCAAAUUAAAAUAUUUGGAUGCAGUCAUCAAGGAGACAUUCAGGGUACACACUCCCGUUCCGCUCCUACUCCACAGAUGCCCAGAUGAAUCCUGCAUUGUUGGCGGAUACACCAUUCCAAAGGGUACUAUCGUCUAUAUUAAUGUUUGGGCAAUCCACCGGGAUCCUAAGAACUGGACCGAUCCAUUGGAGUUCAAGCCUGAGAGGUUCUUGAUCGACAAAUGGGAUUACCAUGGAAAUAAUUUCAAGUUUUUUCCAUUUGGAUCAGGGAGAAGAAUAUGCCCAGGAAUCCCACUUGGGGAGAAGAUGUUGAUGUAUAUAUUAGCAUCCCUGUUGCACUCGUUUGACUGGAGCUUGCCAGAAGAUGAAGUGUUUGAGCUUUCUGACAAGUUUGGACUUGUGGCUAAGAAAAGGAAACCACUUAUAGCUAUACCCUCUCAAAGAUUAUCUGAUGCAAGCCUCUACUCUUUUUGA